AUGGCUCCUUUAGAUGCGACUGGCGAUCAGUUCGCCAUUCUCCCCAUUCAGAUGCCUCCGGUCGCUUCAUUUCCAGAGACAGCCAUUCACGAAGUGCGGAUACGAAGAAAUGCGCCCAAGAUCCCAACGGCGAAUGAUUCUCGCAGCCUCUUCCUGAAAAACAUUCCUGCAGAUAGCACAGAGCCUCAUUUCCGGGCAAUAUUCACCGAUCUUGUCGGCGCCGGACGAUUCGAGACCAUAGCCUUCGAAGACGACAACAAAGCUGCUGUUGCAAUCGAUCCUGCCCGAGCGCUCAAGGUUGCUGGAUAUGCGCGUAAACGGAAGAGGGGAGACGUCGAGGAUGAAGAGAGGGCGGAAGAAGAGGCUGCACGAUUACCAGAUAUUUGGACACGCCAACUGCAUAGAAGCAGUAGCACGGCUGUUGUACUGCUCGCUGAUGACAAGAGCGUGCAACUCGUUCUCAAGGCGAUUGCGAAACUUCAAAAGACCAAGAAAUAUCCCGUAUGGGGCCAGAGCAUCUCUGGUGACGUCCAGCCACUAGGCUCACCAUGGAUCUCUUCCCAUUUACGGCUCUGCCGUGCCAAUAAGAAAGAAAUACAAAAUGCCACACAUGCAUUCUUCAACGUAUUCAACAGGAAAGAGAAGGAAGCUGCCGAGCUCAGCAAGCGCCUGCGCAAUGAGCCUGAUGAAGAUGGCUUCGUUACUGUUACUCGUGGUGGAAAGAUCAACCCGGCGAACCAGUUCGAAGCUGAAGAGGCUAGACGCAAGAUGGUCGAAAAGGCCGAUAAGAAGAAGUCUGAGUUGACGGACUUUUACCGCUUCCAGCUGCGAGAACGACGGAAGCAAGAGCAGGCGGAACUGCUGAAACGCUUCGAAGAGGACAAGAAGAAGGUCAAUGCGAUGAAAGAAAAGAGGGGGAAGUUCAAGCCGGAGACAUGA